UUUCAGCGUCGAACGUCAGACACGCGCCGACAGCCGAGAUCGCGCAGCAGGCGAGUGGAGGCCAGUCGAGAAGUUGGAAGUUCACUGCCUGCCUACGGUGCUCCACUCCGCUUGCAGCUGGCAUGUGCGGCUUUUAUGCACGACGCAUUCAAACAAGAAGGAAGCCAGCACCGACGGGCUGGCGAGCCACGGUUGCCCGACAACGAAACACGUCGUUCGCGGCUACUCGGUACCACCUUCGUCCGCGGCGCUGCCGGGGACAACUGGACCCUCUUGGAGGGAUUCAGGGAAGGUCAAACGCAAGUGGACAGACACCGGUACGAAGACAACAGGGUCGUUUGGUGCCAUCCUCUGGACGUUCACUUCAGCACCAGAGGCAUCCAGGACUGGCCGAAGCUGCUGGUCCAAGUGUGGCACCAGGACAGCUUCGGGCGGAACGAACUCGUCGGCUACGGCUCGUGCCACCUUCCCAGCGCGCCAGGUUUCUCCAAGGUAGACUGCCCGACCUGGCGCCCAGUGGGCACCUUGCUUGAAGAAGUGUCGAGACACUUCCUGGGUGGUGGACUUCAUCUCAGGGACCCAGAGGAAGUCUGCGGUAGCGUGGGCGACCGAUUCAGGCUGCGCACCGAAGCAAUGGGCACUGUUCACUUGGAACUGUACGCCAUUCACAGAGAUUUUCACAAGUACGGCAUCGAGGUUUAA